GCAGUUUGGUUCUUGCGUACGUUUUCGCGGUGAAAAAGUUUUACGUAUUGACAUCGUAAAAAGUGCAUUUUGAAACUAUUUUUUCACUUUGUCGGAAACAUCUUGAGCAAAAUUUUCAAGAUUGUGUGCGUAUCAGACGGUAAAAUGGCAGGAAGAGGACGACUGCGCUCUGUAAACCCGCAGCCAGCGGUCCUGAAGUCAUCUGGUAUCGCGACCUUCACGGAUGAAGAUGAAGAGGUGUACCAACGCUACAUGCAGCUGAUCGACCAGGAGAGUGAUAAUCCUGGAGUUCCAGCAAAGGAAGUCCAAAAAGACGUUCGAAUGCGCUCUCGAUUUGGACGAGUGCUUGGCGAUAGUGCACAGGAGAUGGUGGAGAAAGUGCAGCCACCAGAGAAACCAGAGGAUAAGCACGUUGCUUUUCAGGAUCAACAGAAAAAAGUGGAGGGAAAAGAGAACCCUCAAAUUCCGAAGUUUCGUUUGUUGGACGAGCAGAAAGAGACUGCUCCAAAAAAUAAUGAAAUGGGCGUCCAAAAAGCCAUGGAGAAGGAAAAUGCCAUGGGGAGAAACGCCAUCACCUCCGACACCUUAUUCAAGAAGAUUUCCCUCUUGACAGUGGAGGAAAAGAAGAAACUGAAGAUUGGUGGACUGCCUGCAGUAAUUGAACAGCAGCAGAACCCUCAGAUGGGCGACAAUGAUGGACAGACCACAAUUGUCCCGAGUGUCAUGGCCGUGCUGCGCGAGAUGUUGCAGGGAUCGUUGGAUAUGCGCUACCGAAAGAUCUGCAUGCGAAUGUUGCAGAAAAGCGCCUGGACGGAGUGGCUGGAGAUGCUGAAACAGAUUUCAGCGUACGUGGAUGUGCUUCCGCCGUUCCAGAAUGUGAACAACGAUCACUGGAUGAAUUACGAGCAACCUAAUCUUGCUCAGUAUAUGGACGUCACUGUGACGAUAUGGCCUUUCGGAAGUUGCGGUUGUUCCAGCAAGAAGCCAACCAAUUGAUUCGGUUUCGCGUUGUGUCAGCGACGAACAAUCGCCACAUUACCACUCAAAAAUAAUCUCGUCAUUCAAAAUGUUGACGAACGUGGCUCAGUUUAUUUGCGAUCAUAUGGACCGUAUCGAAGAAGUCCCGUAUCUGAUCUCAUACGAUUUUGAUCAAAAAGCGUUUCACCAGAAAAAGUCGGUGAGGUUGGUGCAACAGAGCGCGGUGUACAAGAACACCGGAUUGCUGCGGAAGUGCGCCAGACAGCGGGAAACCUGGUAGCGCAAAAUUUUGCACGCGAACGAAACAACGUGCAGAAGCGUAUGGCGGAAGCAGUGGAUGACUUGCAAAAGAUUCACUUUGGUACUCCAUGGUUUUGGAGAGUGUUUCAUGCAUUGAAGGUGGUACUGGACGGACUGGCAGCGCGAUACGGACUGCCACGUUACGUUUUCCAGCCUGAAGGAAGCGAAGUUGCCCCAGUAUUUCGUACCUACGAACGUUGGUACGAGUUGGCCCCAGAAGCACAGCAGGCUGCCCGUAAUGUGCAGGGCAUGUAUAUUCUGGAACUCGACAUGUUGCGAGCGCUGAAGAAAAACCGCCAGGAAAUGGAACUGACCCUGGCUGCCUACAACCUUCCCCCACCGACGAACACCAUCACUUUCCCUUCGGAACUCACCACGGCCAUCAAAAGCCUGGAGCAGAAAGAACGCGAGGAUCCAGUUGCGUCAAAGCGGAUGUCGGAUGCCCGACAAGGAUGGAUGACCGCGGCGUAUGCGCUGAGUAACCUGGAGCGACAGUGAGUCCAGGACGGAACCGAUACAGGACGUGUGGUGGAUGUGACGGACCGCGAUGGCCUUAAACUCGGUAGAUAAACCUCCCUAGGGGAGAUCUCUUAUGUUGUUGCGUUUUUGUUGUUUUUGUUAGUGUCCUCCGCGGACGGAGGCGUUAUUUGAUGCGGGGAUGACGCGGUGGUGGUAGGAAGCGUCGUACAUGCAGACUUUUGUACGAGAUUGGUGUUGCUUAUGUCGCCGCUAAUUGGUUGAUAAUUGCUAGCUUCUGUGACUCACUAGCGCCAGAUUGAUCCCAUGUUAAUUGCGGCGUUAUCUCUCUUGAAUUUUGAUAUGCAAUUUAGUCUUGACUGGAACAUCUAUGGAAUUGCAAUUUAAUAACAACAUCCUGAAUCUGAGAUCUCUCGUGUCUUCUAGUAGCGAAAGCAGUAGCGUGUACCUACCGGAAGUCACAUCCCUUUUACUAACUCUGGAUAAUUACAUCUUCCAGAUAACUCUCGUGCACGUAGGAAUAGGUAAUAGUUUGAUUGGAGAUGUCCCUCACGAUGGGAGCUACCAACUGAUUGUAGUGGCCACUUGUGGCGGGACCACGAGAACUGAAACAAGCGACCUGAUGCUGAUGGUUGUGGAUAAUACCGUUUUACUGCAAACCGAUAAACCCAUCUACCGACCAGAAGAUGUAAUUCACUUCCGAGUGAUCGUUUUAGACGAGCAACUUCGGCUCUCCCGGAAUGUCCAGACGGUCAGCGUGUAUCUAAAGGACCCUGUGGGCGAAAUUAACUGGCACAAAAGUCUUUCAUGGCAGAACGACAAAUUCCCGGGAUUUUUUAACGGAACCAUUGAACCUUUGCCGCUUGAACCCGAGUUGGGGGAGUGGUCUAUCGAAGUCCUGGAGGUUGACGGCAAAAAAAUAGCGUCGAAACGCAUUUCGGUAUCCAAUUACGAACUUCCUAAGUUCUCAAUAAGCAUCACCGGACCGGCUUAUAUAAUGCGAGAUGACAGUAUAAUGCUCUUCGAAAUCUCCCUCAAGGAUCACUUCGGGCACCCCAUAAGAGGAGACGUCCAGAUCUUUGUUAGCGAAGGGGAAAGUGUCAUCCAAGAAUCUAUGCCCCAGAUGAUCACCGCCAGCGGCCGCAUCACCGUGCCCAUCGAUCUCAACGAGGACGGUAAAGUGAACUGCAAGGGCAGCGCAGCCGGUCCGCACAUGCUGAACAUAACAGCUACGGCGCGGGAACUGACAACCAACCGAAAGGUCAUCACGACGCAGAACUUUCCCGUCUUCUGUGACCGCUUGCAACUGCUGGCUUCCAUCCCGUGGCAGAGCUUCCAACCGGGCUUCGCGGUCAACGUGACCAUCCGCGCGGUCAUGCCAGACGGACAGCCGUAUGUGCUCGGCCCAUCCGACUUUGACGAGGAACCGUGCAGCGGCGAGCAACUAGAUGAUACUGAGCCAGAAAGCAAUGAAGACCCCGACGACAGCGAGUCACCAGAAAUCAGUAGCCCGGCGUACUCUCCUUUGACGAUUGACACAGCUUUUCGGAUGGAUGCCAGUACGCUGGUCAUACCGGUGACGACGGCGUCCAGUGCUAAGGAAAUGGAGCUGACCUGUACCGUAGGCGAACUGAGCCGGAAAUUUAAAUUUCCACGACACAACGGUGUGUUGGCUACCAUCCAGAUGGAACGCGGGCAAAUGUUUCGGGUUGGCGAUGUCGUACGGUUUUCUGUGGCUUGCACGCAAGGCUGCACUACGAUGGAGAUAGUCGUCGCGUCCCGACAAAACGUCUUGUAUUCAAGGACCUAUAACAUGACGAACGAGCACAGCGGGCCGCUAUCGCUUCAAGUGACGGCAGAUAUGGUCCCGACGACCAGCCUUGUCGCUUAUUUUGUCGCAUACGGAAUCCCUGGCAGUGACAUGGUGGAAUUCCACGUGCAGCAAGCCUCCUUGUUAACAAAUUUGACCGUUACCGCCGUCCCCGAGAAUCUCCAACGCGCACACCUUCGUCCCGGAUUAGGGGAGAAGGUGCGGAUCAACGUACAAGCAUCCAAGAACACUCUAGUAGCUUUCUUGGCGGUUGACAAGGGGCUACGGCAGUUGGAUAGCACAUUCGACAACAUAACAACCGAGAUUGGAUCGCAUCCUGCACCACCCGCAAUUGCAUUCGGGUCGGAAAACGAUGAUCUAGCUGCUUUCUCAAACGCUGGCCUUAUCGUGCAUCUCUUCACCCAGGACAUUCCUGAUUCAUUUUCAUCCGGCAGAAAACGGAAAAACAAGCCCGCCAAAAAACCGACCGGUAAAAUUCUGCGGCAGGAUUUCCGAGAUAGUUUUCUGUUCUACACUGGGGCCACAGAUGAUCAGGGCAAGCUGCGGCUUGUGGAACAACUGCCGGACGCCAUCACAACGUGGUCCAUAACCGCAUUUGCGGUGGGCUUGGAUACACCGCUGGCAAUCACAACGACUCCUACAGAGGUUCACGUCGUCCAAGACGCGUAUAUAGACAUGCCCGUACCGGUAACCUUAAUCGAGAACGAGGUGGUCUUCUUGAAAGCCACCGUCUACGCCAACGCUUCCGAUCCUCUGCGCGCAGAUCCUUGGAAACUCGUGGUGGAGAUUGGAUAUCCGCUGCUCUCCAAGACAUUCGCCUUUGACUACACCGGCAACGCUGACAACGUCCAGUUUUACCAGUUUCGUUUCGGGCCGUACAAGGCUAGUACACAGACUAUCACUGCUUCACUGCUGCAAGGCAAUGAACUGAUUGACCGGGUGCGCAAGAACGUCACCAUAAUCAGGAGCGGUACAGUUAGGAUUCGCACAUCGGAUACGUACUUGCUAAGAAACGGUAGUACGAUCCAUGUGCCGAUCCCGCUGCCCGAACAUAGCGCAGCUGUGGUGCCGGAUUCAAAACAGUGCACUGUUCAGAUGUACAGUGACGCUUGGGGCUCGCUGCUGCAACAGGUUGCGUCUUCUACCAAUGUUCAAGAUUAUGACCAUUUAGCCAAACGCAAACUAACAAGCCGCUCAUGCGAUCACACCGUCGCCUGGCUAAUGACCUUCGGCCUUUUGCGGCAACAUCUGCAGCGCCUUCAACAUUUUGACACGGUCCAAGUUAAGGAACUACUGGAUCGGCUCUCUCGUAAUAUUAGAAACCUGCGAGUCGGCCAGCAGCCAUAUGGUCCGCAACGUUCCCGCAGCAAAGUGGACGGGCAGCAAGCAUACGGACUGAAGCGUUUCCGCAACAAAGUGGAUGGCUCGUACAGCUUAAAAGGCACCCAAGCCACUCCCGGGUCGACAUGGCUGACCGCAUCGGCCAUCCGCGCGCAGCUGCUGACCAGGGACGUGGUACCGGUAAAUCGCACGUUGCUGUCAAAGUCACUGGCCUUUUUGGAUAGUCGCUUGGACGGCGCCACCGGCAUGUUCGCCGAGAAGGGCGGUACGCUGGAUAUUAGCAUGCAGGGUGGUGCGAGAACACAAGUCAGCCUGACCGCUUUCGUCCUGCUGGCGUACAUCGAGGCGGAGCACCAUAGUACCACCAUGCAAAUCGCACAAGCCGCGCUGGAGCGCCAUUUGUCCGGAUUAAACAGCACCUAUGAAAUGGCCAUCACGUGCUUGGUACUGCAAAAACUGCAGAGCCCGGCGUACAGCCCGUGUCCGAGCAAGCUGCUCGCCGCUGCCGAAACUGCUCCAGGAAUUCUCUACUGGCCAGCACCCAAGAUUCGACGCAAUCGCAACGCAUCGCACGACAUUGAUGUGGAGACCACCGCCUACUCCCUGCUGGCACUCCACGGCGCUGACAACGUCACCGAUGUGGGACCGAUUGCCAACUGGCUGAUGUCGCAGCGGACUCCCAACGGGGAGUUCCGAGCGACACAGAAUGAAGUCGUAUUGCUGUACGCCAUGAGUGAGAUGGUGUUGGAUGUCGUCCAUUCCACCAAACCUUGCCAAAUCCAUGUGGAUUUUGACAACGGCGAGUCAUGCGAGAUGCAUUUACGCUCGGAUGAGAUUGAACCGCAGAUGGAAGACGUACCGCUGUUGUCUAGCGCAGUGACGUUGAGCAAUUCCGGGGAAGGCACCUGUCGAGCCGUGAUCAGCUGCCGGUACAACGAGGUCGUUGUACAACUUGCUGAGCAAGCGAGCCAGCUCAGUGCGAGCCCAACCGACGGGGAAGUGGAAAUCACAACGAAACUGGUAGCCGACACAGACGCCAACCAACUCACUCUGGAGAUUUGUCUAGCGUUCGACGGCAACAGCGAGGAAGACCGUGUUGUGGACGCUGAGGUGCCGGCAUUAAGCUGCUACGUUUUCGAAGAGAAUUCCGGAGAGGCAGUCACCGUUAUUACUGAUUGGGAUACCCAGAUUCAGUCGUGCAAAGACUUCCUCAUGUGGAGACAGGUGUGCACGCCGGAAAUUAGCGCGGCCCGUACAGUGCGAGUUCGUCGUUCGACCCAGCCAUCCAAUGACAUAGUUGUUAGUUAUUCCUUGAGCGACGCAAGCAACUCCUGAAAUUCGGCUAAAAUAAUAACUACUGCAUGGCUUUUCCAACGUUCACCACAGUCAUUGAUUUACGAUUUCGUAAGCGCAUCACCGUAUGCGUACUUAUUAUUCUAUCUUUGUGCAGGCAACUUGUCAUCCAACCAUUGCGAUCCUACGGUAAUUGUUAUUGCGAAGUUUGCACAUAUCCCUAAUUUUUACCUCAGAGGCAAUAAACGCAACUUUUUGAUUUAAAACAAAGAAGUGGCUAAGGGCAGGGCCGUUCUUAAUAAUUGGGGGUGCAGCAAUGCACACGGAAGUGUAAUGCGGAA